GUUUGCUCCCAGGACCCACCUGAAAUUUAGAACUCGCAGUCGGCAGAAUCUGGAAAGCUUGCUUGUUACCCCGCCAAAUUUGGAGCUUCUUGCUGGUUCUUCCCAUCAGCUGCAAACGGUCCCUUUCCUUCGACAACUACUCGUACCGAAAAUUCAACGAUUUCCUCAGCUCCAUCUCACCCGAAUCUCGAACACGUCCAAAAUCCGGACAUAGCCUUGUUCGGUUUCCAUCAUGUCGGCAACGACGCUCGCCCAUAAGGGCUGCGAGGCCGUAAAGAACAAGGAUUGGGAGGCUGCCAUCCCGCUUCUUGACCAGGCACUCAAGUCUUCCGACUCCCCCAUUUGGCUCCUUGCUCGCGCUCAGGCCCAUCAGCAGCUCAGGAACUACGACGCCGCUCUCCGCGAUGCCGCACUCGCUUUCAUCUCCGCGACUGAGCGCGGAUCUGGCAACGCGCGCAAGUACAUGAUUGACGCCCAAUACCGUCGUUCUGUUGUCUACUACAAACUUGGUCGCUACGCCGAUGCGGACUGCUGCGCAAAGUGGAGCAUGCUCUUGGCCGAGGGCCGCCCUGCUUUUGAAAAAGAUGGGGUUGAGAAGAAUGUCGACGAGAACGGCAAUUACACAGUUACCUACGAACAAGGCAUUGCGGACAAGCAGGGACAACCGAUCGAUUCUGCUUAUGACCGGACAUACAGACGCCAGGUUCUUGGUAUGGUUCAGGAGCAGUCCGAGUCCGUGGCAUCGAAGACAGGAUUUGAAGCAGAGUGGAAGCGGGCUUACGCCUGGCGGAGCCAGGUGCUCGCCACGUUGAAGACGGUCCCCGAGGAUCAUUCUGGGCGGAAAGUUAGCGUUACCAAGUUCCCAGACAAACCCAAGCAGGAGAUGGCAGAGAAGAAGCCAGAGCCAAAACCGGAAUCUCAAGUUGGCGAUAGUGACGACGACAAGCCGGUUGAGGUCAAAGGCCCGGCCCCUGGAACGGUACCUGACGAGCAGCUCAAGCUCCGCGUCGACUUCUAUCAGACCAAUCAGACCGUCACAGUGGCACUCUUUGCGAAGGAUGUCAAGAAGGAGGAUCUCCAAGUGAACUUCUUCCAGAAUUAUCAGGUCCAAAUCUCACCCCUUCCCCGCGCUGCUGAUCCAUAUGUCAAGCCUGGCGACCGCGAGGCUGCGUCCACCUUCAUCCUGGGCGGGGAAAUCAUCCCUUCAGCCUCGCGUUGGUCUGUCACUCCACGAAAGAUCGAACUGGUUCUGCAAAAGGCCAACGCCGGCCUGAAAUGGAGCACAUGGGGCAAGGAAGAAAUUGGUUUAGUUGCGGCAGGAAGCGACGGCGAUGUGCAACCCGAGAACAAUGCAACGGCCACUGCAGCAGCCGCUCCGGCCGCACCGCCAGCUGCGCCACCUGCUAAACCGACCAAUGCGCCUGCAUACCCCACCAGCAGCCGCUCGGGACCCAAGGACUGGGAGAAGCUCGGCGAGGGUGAAGACGAGUUAGACGAAAAGGACGUCAACUACUUCUUCAAGCAACUCUACAAGGGCGCGACCCCGGAGCAGCAGCGUGCCAUGAUGAAGAGCUUCAUUGAGAGCAACGGAACAGCGCUCAGCACGGACUGGGACGAUGUCAAGAAUCGCACGGUCGAGACAGUUCCGCCUGAGGGCGUGGAGGCCAAGAAAUGGGAGUCUUAA